GGAGGAGAGAGGAGGUGGCGGCGCUGUCACCGCCACGAGGAGGGCGCGCGGCUCAUCCCGGCGCCGCGGGGACUUGGCCGGUGCGGCCGCUGACAUCACGCGCUGGAGCUGCUGCAAAGGGGAGGCGGAAAAUGGAUUCUACGAGAAUGUUUUUCAGGGAACUUUUCAUAAAUCUUAAGGAUGAUAAACAAAGAAAAGAAAAGGAAUGAAGAGAGAAGGUCAAAUCAAAACCGUUGGCUCUCAGCUGAGAUUUGACCUCAGGAGGAGAGUCCUGGAGGUGAAGCUGUUUCGGAGAAGAGGAAGUAAAAGAAGGCUGUGUCUGUGUGACAGGAAAGCCACUUAACAAUGAAAAAAUUCACACUGUUCGAUUUUGUAAAUGAUAAUUCGCUGCAAAUUGGAGAGACUUCAUGGAUACAGGACCUUCCCAGUGAUGACAAUGAGCUAGAAAGGCUUCUGAAACCAAAUGAGCACGUUCUAGUAAACUGGCCUGUGGGAGAAAGAAAGACGGAAAAGCACCUGGUGAAAGUUGUGUACAUGAGUGAUGACCCCCAAGAGCUGGUGGAAAUUAUGCAAAAGAUAUUACAAGCGGAUGAAAUUACAAAAAUACAAGUCCUUGGAAAAGGCAAGAGGAAGAGGAUAGAAAUGAUAUUCUCAGAGAGUGAAGACAGUGACCUGGAUAAGCAACAGGGGAAAAUGAUGAAGCAUAUAAAAAGAAAGAAGUCAUUGCAGGCAUCUGCUCCUGCCAACAUCCUGAGUCAACUUGGAACGUCUUUAAUUAGCAAACAGAGAGAACCAUACUCAGGAAGCAACUUUCUGUACACUGAAAGUAGUAGUGAUGACGAAGAGCCUUUAUUUCAACUAUCCAAGGUAGAACUGUGUGCCAAAAUAAAAAGUCUCAAGAGGAAGCUGACAGAUACCAUGAGAGAAAACUGCCGCCUAAGGCAGUCCCUGGUGAUGCUUCAAGUGUUGCCACAGGCAGUCACCCAGUUUGAGGAACUGGUAGGGAUGGCUGAAGCACUGCUCAAAGGGGGGGUGACAUCAUCGACGUCCAGUCUGCAUUCACAUGCUGUAUGGAAAGCAUCUAACAACUCAUUAGCAGAUUCAUAUGCAGCUAUGCAUAGUAACUCCAACUCACCAAUAACUCUGAAUGUGGAAGAUGAGGAGCAACAGAACGAAAAACAGUUCAAGAUCGAAAAGUGGCAGAUUGCGCUUUGUAACAAGAGCAAACCUCAGAAGUUUAUAAAUGACUUGAUGCAAGCACUUUAUACACAUGAAUACAUGGCUACACACAGCCUGACAGGUGCAAAGUCCUCCUCCUCAAAGGAUAAAGCCGCGAAACCAGCUAUGAAUCAGAAUGAAGUUCAGGAAAUCAUAGGAAUCACAAAACAGUUGUUUCCAAACACAGAUGAUGCUUUAAUUAGGCGAAUGAUGGGACAAAAACUGAACAAUUGCACCAAGAAGCCAAUUUUAAGCAAAGAUCUUAACUCAGGUGCUUUUCAGAAGCAGAGCUUUUGCAGUGGUUCAGCAGCUGCUCCUCAGGGCAUCAUCUCUUCUGCUGUUCCUCCCAGCACACAAGACCAGCAGGAUGAUGAUUCACCAGCCGCUAAUGCACAAAUUCAGCAAAGCGACAGCCGUCUGCUUCCUCCACCUCCCACCGCACAAGGUCAGCAGGAGUGUUUCAAACUCAAAUCUUCUGAAGUGGAGCCUCAUCCCGACAGAAGUUCACCAGCGCCCUCUCCCAGCCAGGGUUCUGGACAAGAUCUCAGGAAUUCAGACAAAGAAUAACACGAGGUAUCUCAUACCAGUUCAGAUUCUCAAUGGAGAUUAAGGAUUAGUAUAAAAUAAGAAAAAUAAACAGAAAUAAUAUCUAAAUGGGUCUAGCAACAGUGGACAGAGAUGCUGCAAGCAGAAAAGAAGCCUGAGAACCAUUUUCUCAGACAAAUUAAAAUCCCACAGCACAGAAAAAAAAUUGAAGGCAUAUUAACAUCUUUGGCUUUAAGAUAUUAUUAAAUAUAUGCAUGUUAUACCGUAAUUAAAAAUAUAAACUUGUUCUGAAGAAUGUAAGAGUUCCCUUAGUUAGAAAACACAUUUGUUAAAGUAGUACCAAAAUAAUGUAUAAGAGGAACCUUCAUCUCCUUGCUUUCACCUUGACAGCUGAUGGAAAACCACUUUACCGAUCAGAGAAAGCUAUUGCAUAUUAAUACAAAAAGAUGUAGAGGUAUAAAAGAAAACAGAAAAAUUUCCUAGUGACGCAAAGACUAUGCCCAGCACAGGGUUAGAAAAAACAGGGCCACGUGAGCAGAGAAGAAUAUAACAAGUAUUUAAGGAUGCUGUUAACUUUAGAAUAAAAGAUUCUUGGAGUAAUGAAACCAUAGCUCUCAAUAUGUCUGCAAAAAAAGAAGCAGCUCAUUUUUAACCUCUGAAGUUUGGAAAGGCAACGAAAGAAACCAUGUUCCUUUUUAGCUCAGGGAAGACUCCUCCAGAAGAGCCUGUUUGGUUGGCUUCUCUCACAGGCCUUCUGCUGCUGGUACCUUGCUGGUCUGCUAGCGCUCACUCUUCUUCCUUGGACAUCAGGUCUAUAGUAUAAGGGCACCUGAUCCCUCCAGCUGGGAAAUGGAGGACAGUCUCUUGGAAGCAACUAGUAAAGGGCAGAGUUGCCAGCCUCUACCCUCUGUGUGUCAGUUUUGGUAUACGACCUCGUGCCUAACGGCUGGGCAGGUAGAGCAUUCCUCAUGGGACUACUACCAGGAAAAUCCCAGUAACUGGGCAGUUCCUCUUGAGAUCCAACACCUCUUGUCCAAGGAGCAGCUGGCAGUCACACACCCUGAGGGGGAUGAGGAGGGAAGAUACUUUUUUUCUUUGCUGACUGGUUCCAUAUUUAGAGAGUACUGGUAGCCCAGGAAGGAGAGAACACUUGGAUUAUAGCAUUUGGGCUCGAGUGUACUUCUCCUGAAACAAAGAGUUCUUUACCAAGAGGGUGGUCAAACAAUGGCUUCCUAGAGAGGUGAUCAAUGCCCCAAGCCUGUCCAUGUUUAAAAGGCAUUUGGACAAUGUCCUUAAUAAUAUACUUUAACUUAGUCAGCCCUCAUCUGGUCAGGCAGUUGGACUCAAUAAUCAUUGUAGGUCCCUUCCAACUGAAAUAGUCUAUACUAUUCUAUUCUAUUCUAUAAUUUAAUAUAUAUGGCAAACAAGCAACUAAGGAAUCAAGAUGAAAAAAAAACGGAAGCAUAAAGUUGAAGAAAUCUAGCUUGACUUGAGGAGGAUUUCUGCAGCUCAGGAGGUAUGAGGUAUGAGUUCUGGAAAUAAAUCAGAAAUGGGAUGAAUGCUGGGAAAAAAAUCUGAAGAUAAGUUUAGCAGCCAAAUGCUUCUCAAAGGUAGUGCUGCAAACCUAACUGUAUUAGAACAAUGCACUAAUAAAAUGCACUGUGGAGAAGACUUCUGUGUGGGCUGGGGUAUGAGUUAAGUGAUCUGCUAGCUUUUUUCAUCUCUCAUGUCUAUCAGUUCCUUGUAAAUAGGAUCAGGAUGAAAGCAGGUGUGAAAUACGACCGAAGUUCUAUCUCAUGUUAUUAACUACCAUCCAUCAAAUGUAACAGAAUGACGUUGCUAUUAUGUACAUUUUGUAUAUGUACCUAUAUGUACAGCAUAUAAGAAUGUAUAUAAUUAAUCAUAUUUUUGAAGUAACUUUGUAUCAAAUAAAAUGAAAUAUUACUA